UGGAGCAAACUCGGUUUCAUGGGCAGUUUUGACAGUUUGGACGAAUUUGACUAUAACUUUCUUAUCUGAAGUCCAAAUGACGUGAUUCCAAUUUUAAAAGAUCAUCAACUCAUUGUAGUUAUGAUCUGGAAAAGUUGCGAUCGAAAAGAGAAAGCAUGAAUCGUGGCCGAAAGUUGCAAGUCACGCUUCGGAUCCAGAAAAGCAAAAUGAGAAGGGUGUACUAUCUCCUCCAUAACUUUCGAUUGGGAGCUCGGAUUGCUUCGCCGUUUGUUUCACAGUAAACUAGACAUCAAGAGCUUUCCAUAGACACCAAGAUCGUAAUUUUUGGUGGAGAUUUGGCCCUUCAUCGAGCAGUUACAAUCUGAGCAAAAUUCUGGUUGCUGACAUCAUGGCUUACAUCAUGGAGACAACUCACCUAACAUGCCACUACGAAUUUCAUCAUUUCAUCUACUUUUGCCCUUCAGAAACUCCUAUAAAUAGACCCUUAAUCUGCUCUCAUUGAUCACACAACAACAAGAAACACAAAAACAAAGAGUAGAAGAAGAUUUGGAGGCUUGGAGCAUGAAGAACAAGCCUUGAAGAUCUAGAGAAGCUUUCUCUUUCUCUUCUCUCUAUCUUUAUGUUUUUUUUAUCAUUUGAUGAUGUCUCUUGAUCAUUUCAUGGCUCUAGAGUAGUUCUCUUGUUAUGGGAUAGGUUGAAUUUGGUUUGAUGAAUAAGCUUGUGCUUGAUUGAUGAUAUUGUGUUCAUAUGCUCAUGGUGUUGAAAUCUUGAGUCUUAAUGCUUGUUCUUGAAUUAAUUCUUGAUCAUGAUUCUAUAAACAUGUUUUGAAUUGAGAAAUCCAAGCAUGUUAUGAACAAGAUUAUCAUCUAGAAGUCAUGAUUCAUUGAGAAAUGAUCUUGAAUUCUCUAGGAACAUUGAUUAAACAUGAACUUGUAAUGCUCUUAGAACUUAUAUUUCAUCAUUGAGAAAUGAGAAAAUUUGAAGUAUCUAAGUAAGAAGAUUUGAUCUUUUGAGAGAAAGAUGAUCUUGGAUUAGAGUUUAAAGUUCCACCAUGAAUGCAUAUAAAUCACAUAAUCAUAUUCUUAGUGCUUGUUCAUCGAAUUAAGUUCAUACCGAUUCCCAUAACGUCUUUUGAUAUUGAAUCCAACUUUGUUUUUCCCAUCCUCUUUGAUAAUCAAAAGUUUGAAUCUUGAUUUAGUUCACUAGAUUUUUAGAAAUAUUGUUAGAAACAAAAUUCCAUUCCCUUGGGACGAACCUUAAGUACCAUCGAUAUAACCGUGCACUUGCGGUUGUGUGUGCUUAAGUGACUUAUAAAUAUUAAAGCUUGAUCAAACUACGCACACUACUUAGCACGCAUCAAGUUUUUGGCGCCGUUGCCGGGGAACUCGUGAAAAUUGUUUUUGACGAUAACUCUUUUAGUCUUGUGAACUUUCACCACGCCUUAAGUAAAUCCAUCUUUUUGUAAUCUUGAUAAAUUUGUUCAUUUCGUCUUUCUUGUUUAUAAUCCAUUUUCCCUUUAUAUUUUUAUUUCUAGUAUACUUUGAAAUUUUUCUUUUGAAUAUUACAGGAUGUUCGGUGCAUGACCCGAAGUAGUGGAAGUGACAACUUGCAACCAUACGACCCCGAAAUUGAAAGAACGUAUAUCACUCGAAGAAGACAAACAAAAAUGGUGGGCGUCAAUAAUCAACCACCACGACUUCCACCACCCCCUCAAGCACCAGAACCAGCCUUACGACGGGAGCCACGAGCCGAGACGUACGGUGACUACAACUCACCCAAACCCACAGAAUUCCUGUCAUGCAUCCGAAGGCCACCGAUCAAUCGAACAAACUUUGAGCUCAAACCAGCAUUUAUUCAAAUGCUCGCAAGCAAAACUUUCGGAGGAUGGCCUCAUGAAGAUCCCAAUGUUCACCUCGCAACAUUCAAGAAAAUGUGCAAAUCAAUGAUUGUCGAAGGCGUAUCUGAAGAGGCAAUCUUUUUAUGGGCGUUCCCAUACUCCCUGGGCGAUAAAGCGGAACAAUGGUUAUUCAACUUAAAACCUGAUUCCAUCCAUACAUGGGAACAAAUGGAGCACAAGUUCUUGGAGGAGUACUUUCCGCCUCACAAGACGGCAAAUUUCAAGGUGAAAAUCAAUAAUUUUGUUCAAGAAAACGGCGAAAGUCUUUACGACGCUUGGCAAAGGUUCAAAGGUUACCAACGAGCGUGCCAACAUCAUGGCAUGGAUCGAAGGCACCUAAUCUCAACCUUCGUUGAAGGGUUAAGGAAAGACAUAAGACGUUGGAUAAAUGCCGCUGCUGGAGGUUCUAUCCGCAACCUCACUUUUGAGCAUCUCGAGGAAUUAAUUGAAGAAAUGGCGAGAGAUCGGGGCGAUGACAUGGAUGAGUACGACCGAAGGGGAAACAUAAAGUCUAAGGGUGAGUCAAGUGAAGUCCAAUCCCUACGAGCACAAGUCGCCAAACUCACAGUUCUAUUGGAGAAUUCAAAUGCGGUGACAUCAAUUCCACAAGACUCAAGCUACAAUUACACCAUGCAGACCCAAGAACAAGAGGUCGAGAAUGUCAACUAUGUGGCGAACAACCCCUACUCAAAUACAUACAAUCCAGGUUGGCGUAAUCACCCAAACUUUUCUUACAAAAACACCGGAAACACAGAAAAUCUGGCCAAUCAACCCCAAGCCCCAAGAAUACUCCAAAGACCCCAACAUUUUCAACCAUACGAGCAACGCUAUCAACCACAAGUAGCGCAACCCGUACUUGCACCGCAGCCGCAACCCGAAGAUGAGCUUAAGGAAUUACUCCUAAGCAUGCAGAAACAACUGUCUGCUGAUAUUAGACAAACAAACAACGAGAUUCGAGGGAUGAAGAAUGAUCAAGACGAUAUCCGCAAACAAGUCGAGGGAAUCAACACACAUCUGAAGCUCCUAGACAAUCAAGUUGCCCAAAUGGCGUCAUCUUCAUCAAGGCCCAUGGGAACACUUCCUGGAAGACCUGAGCCUAACCCUCGGGAGCAUUGUAAUGUUGUUGAGCUAAGAAGCGGGAGAAAACUUGAAGAUAUUAAAUCCAAGGAGAAACAAAUCAAUAAAGACGGAGGUAAAGACGAUGUUGUCGAUUCCGACCCUGACAUCAAGGUGGCAAAAGAAGACAUACAAGAGAAGUCAUACAUUCUACCAUCACCAUACAAGCCACACGUGCCUUUCCCUCAAAGGUUGAGAAAACGUGACGAUGACAGUCAAUUCGCAAAGUUUGCUGAUAUGCUGAAGAAAAUGGAGGUAAACUUGCCUUUCACUGAAGUUAUCCUCAAGAUGCCAUCCUAUGCAAAAUUCUUAAAAGAUAUAUUAUCGAAGAAAAGGACGAUUCAAGAAGAGACCAUCGCGCUAAACUCUGAAUGUAGCGCAAUUCUGAAGCAUGAGCUACCCCAAAAGAUGAAAGAUCCUGGAAGCUUCUCGAUCCCUUGCACCCUAGGUAAUGUCUCAAUUAAAAAGGCAUUAUGUGAUCUUGGAGCUAGCGUGAGCCUUAUGCCUCUGUCAAUAUGCAAAAUGCUCAACAUUGGAGAACUCAAACCGACGAGGAUGACUCUACAACUGGCAGAUCGCUCAAUCAAAUAUCCCAUUGGGAUUCUUGAAGAUGUCCCACUUAAGGUCGGGAAUUUUUAUGUCCCUGUCGAUUUUGUGGUCAUGGAAAUGGAUGAAGACUCAAAUAUUCCAAUCAUACUCGGACGCCCAUUCUUGGCCACUGCUGGAGCAGUUAUCAACGUAAAAGAGGGUCAUUUGACAUUGUCAAUAGGAGAAGAAAAAGUAGAGUUCAAGCUCGCUCAAUCGCUCAAACAACCCUCCGUGGAUGAUACGUGUUGUUACAUCGACGUCCUUGAACAAUUGGCAGACGAGAUAUUGGAAGAAUUACGCGAGGUUGAUCCCCUAGAAGUGGCCCUCAUGGCAAGCAAAGUAGAGACAUGCGUAGAUCAAGAAGAGGUGAACGUAUACUCCGAAAUCCUUGACGAAGAAGCUACAAUAUGCUCUAUGGAGACGCCUUGCCCCAUACACAAUGAAGUCGACGACAUCGAAUCACCACAACACGAUGAGAUUGUACCUAACAAGAAUUCCAAAUUGCGGUACCAUGACGAAUCAACCUCACCAGAGCUCCAUGAUGUUUGCCUUGUUGAAGAAGCAACCACAAAAACCAAAAACGACAUCGCCGAUGAAUGGGAUCCUAAGGUUGCACCAAAGGUGGAGUUGAAGCCGUUGCCACCAGGACUGAGGUAUGAAUUUCUUGGACCUAAUUCUUCAUACCCUGUCAUCAUUAAUGCCUCAUUGAAUGAACUGCACACCUCUAAGUUGUUAGAUACACUUAGAAAUCACAGAAAGGCGAUAGGGUAUUCAUUAGAUGAUAUGAAAGGCAUACACCCAUCCAUUUGCAUGCAUAGAAUUUUGAUGGAGGAUGGAUAUAAACCCUCAAUUGAGCACCAAAGACGUUUAAACCCGAAUAUGAAAGAAGUGGUUAAGAAAGAAAUCUUGAAACUACUCGAUGCUGGAAUAAUCUACCCUAUCUCUGAUAGUGAGUGGGUUAGUCCUGUUCAGGUAGUUCCAAAGAAAGGGGGAACAACUGUAGUCAAGAAUGAACGAAAUGAACUUAUCCCGACUAGGAUUGUAACUGGUUGGCGAAUGUGCAUUGAUUACAGAAAACUUAACAAAGCCACGCGCAAAGACCAUUUCCCCUUGCCCUUCAUUGACCAAAUGCUAGAAAGAUUAGCAAAACACAAAUACUUUUGCUUUCUAGAUGGCUACUCAGGUUUCUUUCAAAUUCCUAUCCAUCCUUCAGACCAAGAGAAAACCACAUUCACUUGUCCCUACGGAACAUUUGCCUAUAGGCGUAUGCCUUUUGGUUUAUGUAACGCACCAGCCACAUUUCAACGAUGCAUGAUGUCUAUAUUCUCUGAGUUUAUUGAGGACAUCAUGGAGGUAUUCAUGGACGAUUUCUCUGUCUAUGGUUCCUCCUUUGAUGUGUGUUUAAUGAAUCUUGCUCGAGUCUUAGACAGGUGUGAACAGGUAAACUUGGUUUUGAAUUGGGAAAAAUGUCACUUCAUGGUGCAAGAAGGAAUCGUUCUGGGACACAAAAUUUCUGAAAAAGGAAUCGAGGUUGAUCGGGCUAAAAUCGAGGUGAUUGAGCAAAUGAUACCCCCAACCAAUGUCAAAGGCAUCCGAAGCUUCCUAGGACAUGCAGGAUUCUACCGACGUUUCAUCAAAGACUUUUCAAAAAUUUCAAAACCUUUGACGGAGCUAUUGGGGAAGGAUAUUCAAUUUGUCUUUACAAAGCAAUGUCAUGAGGCGUUUGAGACUCUGAAGAAGUCAUUGAUCUCUCCACCGAUCAUUCAACCACCUGACUGGGGAAAGCCUUUCGAGCUGAUGUGCGACGCAAGUGACUAUGCCGUUGGAGCAGUCCUAGGUCAAAGAAAAGACAAGAAACUUCAUGCGAUAUACUAUGCAAGUCGAACCCUAGAUGACGCACAAAUCAACUACGCCACCACAGAGAAAGAAUUACUUGCAAUAGUUUUCGCAUUUGAGAAGUUUCGAUCAUAUUUGGUUGGAUCAAAGGUGAUUGUUUAUACCGAUCAUGCUGCUCUACGGUAUCUUCUCUCCAAGAAAGAUGCAAAGCCACGGUUGAUACGAUGGAUCCUAUUGCUCCAAGAGUUUGAUCUCGAGAUUCGUGAUAGGAGAGGAGCAGAAAAUGGUGUAGCGGAUCACCUCUCACGUCUUGAGUUCAAGGAGGACAUACCUAUUGAUGAUUCAUUUCCAGACGACCAUGUCAUGUCUCUUGAGAACAGAAAUGAUGCACCAUGGUAUGCUGACUACGUCAACUAUCUCGCAUGCGGAAUUUUACCCCCAGAGUUGGAUUACAAUAGAAGAAAAAGAUUUCUGAAUGAUGUUCGUCAUUAUUUCUGGGAAGAACCAUUCCUCUUUCGACGUGGAGUAGAUGGUCUAUUCCGACGAUGCAUCCCCGAAGACGAAACGUGUGACACAUGCCAAAGGACGGGAAACAUUGGAAGACGACAUGAAAUGCCACAAAGAUACAUCCUUGAAGUCGAACCAUUCGAUGUAUGGGGCAUCGAUUUUAUGGGACCAUUCCCAUCAUCCUGUGGAAAUCAAUAUCCCUCCGUGGAUGAUACGUGUUGUUACAUCGACGUCCUUGAACAAUUGGCAGACGAGAUAUUGGAAGAAUUACGCGAGGUUGAUCCCCUAGAAGUGGCCCUCAUGGCAAGCAAAGUAGAGACAUGCGUAGAUCAAGAAGAGGUGAACGUAUACUCCGAAAUCCUUGACGAAGAAGCUACAAUAUGCUCUAUGGAGACGCCUUGCCCCAUACACAAUGAAGUCGACGACAUCGAAUCACCACAACACGAUGAGAUUGUACCUAACAAGAAUUCCAAAUUGCGGUACCAUGACGAAUCAACCUCACCAGAGCUCCAUGAUGUUUGCCUUGUUGAAGAAGCAACCACAAAAACCAAAAACGACAUCGCCGAUGAAUGGGAUCCUAAGGUUGCACCAAAGGUGGAGUUGAAGCCGUUGCCACCAGGACUGAGGUAUGAAUUUCUUGGACCUAAUUCUUCAUACCCUGUCAUCAUUAAUGCCUCAUUGAAUGAACUGCACACCUCUAAGUUGUUAGAUACACUUAGAAAUCACAGAAAGGCGAUAGGGUAUUCAUUAGAUGAUAUGAAAGGCAUACACCCAUCCAUUUGCAUGCAUAGAAUUUUGAUGGAGGAUGGAUAUAAACCCUCAAUUGAGCACCAAAGACGUUUAAACCCGAAUAUGAAAGAAGUGGUUAAGAAAGAAAUCUUGAAACUACUCGAUGCUGGAAUAAUCUACCCUAUCUCUGAUAGUGAGUGGGUUAGUCCUGUUCAGGUAGUUCCAAAGAAAGGGGGAACAACUGUAGUCAAGAAUGAACGAAAUGAACUUAUCCCGACUAGGAUUGUAACUGGUUGGCGAAUGUGCAUUGAUUACAGAAAACUUAACAAAGCCACGCGCAAAGACCAUUUCCCCUUGCCCUUCAUUGACCAAAUGCUAGAAAGAUUAGCAAAACACAAAUACUUUUGCUUUCUAGAUGGCUACUCAGGUUUCUUUCAAAUUCCUAUCCAUCCUUCAGACCAAGAGAAAACCACAUUCACUUGUCCCUACGGAACAUUUGCCUAUAGGCGUAUGCCUUUUGGUUUAUGUAACGCACCAGCCACAUUUCAACGAUGCAUGAUGUCUAUAUUCUCUGAGUUUAUUGAGGACAUCAUGGAGGUAUUCAUGGACGAUUUCUCUGUCUAUGGUUCCUCCUUUGAUGUGUGUUUAAUGAAUCUUGCUCGAGUCUUAGACAGGUGUGAACAGGUAAACUUGGUUUUGAAUUGGGAAAAAUGUCACUUCAUGGUGCAAGAAGGAAUCGUUCUGGGACACAAAAUUUCUGAAAAAGGAAUCGAGGUUGAUCGGGCUAAAAUCGAGGUGAUUGAGCAAAUGAUACCCCCAACCAAUGUCAAAGGCAUCCGAAGCUUCCUAGGACAUGCAGGAUUCUACCGACGUUUCAUCAAAGACUUUUCAAAAAUUUCAAAACCUUUGACGGAGCUAUUGGGGAAGGAUAUUCAAUUUGUCUUUACAAAGCAAUGUCAUGAGGCGUUUGAGACUCUGAAGAAGUCAUUGAUCUCUCCACCGAUCAUUCAACCACCUGACUGGGGAAAGCCUUUCGAGCUGAUGUGCGACGCAAGUGACUAUGCCGUUGGAGCAGUCCUAGGUCAAAGAAAAGACAAGAAACUUCAUGCGAUAUACUAUGCAAACGGAUAUUCGGGGUUCUUCCAAAUCCCCAUUCACCCUAGCGACCAGGAAAAGACCACCUUCACAUGCCCAUAUGGCACCUUUGGAUACCGUAGGAUGCCCUUUGGUUUGUGUAAUGCACCGGCGACAUUUCAAAGAUGCAUGAAUGCGAUAUUUUUUGAUCUUAUUGAGGAUGUUAUGAAGGUGUUCAUGGAUGAUUUCUCUGUCCAUGGACCCUCCUUUCCUGUGUGUCUGAUGAAUUUGCGUCGAGUGUUGGACAGUUGAGUUGAGGCGAAUCUUGUGCUUAAUUGGGAGAAAUGUCAUUUCAUGGUCCAAGAGGGCAUUGUGUUGGGUCACAAGAUUUCAAGCAGAGGGAUUGAGGUUGAUCGGGCUAAGGUCGAAGUGAUAGAGAAGUUGCCGCCUCCACGGAAUGUUAAGGGAAUCCGGAGUUUCUUGGGACACAUCGGGUUCUAUAGGAGGUUCAUCAAGGACUUCUCCAAGAUUUCAAGGCCUUUGACGGAAUUACUUGCAAAGGAUGUGCCUUUUGAGUUCAUCCUUGAGUGCAAGGCUGCCUUUGAGACUUUGAAGAAUGCAUUGAUUUCUCCGCCUAUUAUUCAGCCGCCGGAUUGGGAAGCUCCCUUUGAGCUUAUGUGCGAUGCGAGUGAUUUCGCCGUUGGGACUGUUUUGGGCCAAAGGAAAGACAGAAAGCUUCGUGUUGUUUAUUAUGCGAGUCACGCCUUGGAUGAUGCACAAGUUAACUACUCCACGACCGAAAAGGAGCUACUCACCAUUGUCUUUGAUUUUGAGAAAUUUCGGUCCUACUUGGCCGGUUCAAAGGUGAUUGUGUACACCGACCACGCCGUUUUGAGGUAUCUCCUAUCCAAGAAGGAUGCCAAGCCGAGGUUGAUCGGAUGGAUUCUCUUGCUGCAAGAGUUUGACUUGGAGAUUAGGGAUAGGAAGGGUACGGAGAAUGGGGUAGCUGACCACUUAUCUCGGAUUGAGCGACAUGAGGAAGUUCCCAUUGAUGAUUGUCUCCGAGAUGAUUUUGUGAUGGCGGUGCAAGUCAAGGAGAGGGUGAUGAGGACAUCCCGGAGCUUGGAACAGGAACGGAGCUAGAAGCAGAGCUAGGAG